UGACAGUCUAGUCUGUACUGAGCUCAUGACAUGAGUCUGUGCAUGUGUGUAUCACUGACAUUUGUGUGCCCGUGUUAUAAUGUGUGUGAUUUUAGUAAUCGCUCUGCUCCGUGUACUUUUCGUGUAUGAAGUGGUGCUUCGUUGAGCAAAAACAGGCCGUUGUUUUUUUCGUUUCCGUUGAAUGGUGGGACUGGUGUAGCUUGUUUGGAAUACGUGUUGCUGCCAAGAAGAAUACUGAGUCGCUUGAAGCUUCGAGCUGGCGAGGAACGGCGGCCCAGUGCGGAUGGAUUCUGCGCCAGUGCAGCCUGGUUGCUUGCCGAAAUGGCGUUUCAGCCAUGACGCAGCCGCUGAGGAUGUUAGAUGGCCAAAACCCAGCCCGCAACAUGGGACAAUAUCGCGUUGGACAGCGUACGAUCCGACCUUGGCCAAUCUGCCAAAGAAUGAUAGGCUAGCCACUCUCCAAAGCGAGACAGACAUUCGUGGUGGACAGCCAGUAUCGGGAUCUGGUGCUGGAGGGGGUGGAAAUGGAAUCGCGCAGGGUAUCAGCUUUGGUGGAAAGAUCCGCCGGCUGCCAGUCGACCGUGGCUCUGAAGCUGGGUCCUUUGACGGCACUCCAAGCAGUCAGGUAUCAUCAAACUCAGAUUUUGAUGUCAACCAUCCGCUGCACAAUGGCGCUGAUGACAUGGUGGUGGUCAGUAUGGCGACAGAACACAAUGGCAUCGCAUCUGGGAUCAGCAAAUUUCCUAAACUGGAUGAGCUAAAGCACUUUCACUACAACUCGGUUAACUUGAGAACGCUCAAGGUAUUCCUCGACCCCGCGGAUACGGAUUCUGUGACUUGUGUUGGUGCAGACAGUUCGCAUAUUCAUAUCAUGUUCAAGGUUGAGGUCUACUCUAAUGGCAGCUGGUGGUUUGUGUACCGUGGCUAUGAUGACUUCUGCGCCCUUGAUCAACUGUGUCACAGAUGUAUAUAUAAUCGCACCGAUACACAGCUUGCAGCGCUUAGGCCUGACACUGUUGAUUCCCUUCAAGCGGUAGAGGAGAAACGGCUGCAAUUGACGCUCUCCCAAUAUCUGCAUCACUUACUGGAGAUUGGCAUGGGCAGGAUAAACUGCGCUUCUAUUCUGGAGUGGUUUGAGGUUUCCAAGGAGGGUAAUCGCCGCCAUGCCUCCUACAGGUCUGGAAUUAACGUACGCGGCAAGGCAGCGGCGCGAGUCAUCCGCCCGUUCCAAUCAAGUCAGCCGGAUGAAUUGCCAUUAGCGGUGGGGACGAUUGUGUCCAUCAUUGACAUGCCUCCACCGGGUGUUUCUCAAUGGUGGCGCGGCAAGAAGGGUCUCAAGGUCGGCUUUUUCCCUCAAGAGUGUGUGGAGCUGAUAGAGAAAGGGACUUCGCCUGCCCAACAUCAGAAAGGCCGACGUCCUUCACUCACUGAAAAGCAUGUUACAAAGACGAACCCGAAGCCCAGUUUGCCAUCCCAUGUAUCAAGCAGCAGGGAUUCCUUGGCUAGACCAGACCGCUUGUUUGGAGGUGAUCUGGGAGCGCAUGUUUAUCAAACAAACCUGUCUGGUGAUCCAGCGCCACAGAGUUAUGUGAAUGAAGGUGGAGUGCCGCUGGUUGUACGCGAUUGCACUGCAUUCGUCGAGAAGCACGGUGUGGUGGUCGGGAUAUACCGCUUGAACGGCAUCAACAGCAACAUUCAUAGCCUCAAGGAGGGAUAUGAGCAGGCAUCACUUUAUGGCACACCGGAAUUGGAGCGAGACAACAUUCUUGCUGAUCAGCACUGUGUCAGUAGCUUGUGCAAGCUAUAUUUCCGAGAGCUACCUAAUCCGUUGUUGACAUAUGACCUUUUUGAUGAUUUCUGCAUUGCUGUGACCCACCCUGAUCCGGACGCAUGUUAUAUGGCUCUUGCCCGGUGCCUAGCCAAGCUGCCACCGCCUCACCUCCGGUGUACUGAGCACUUGAUGCGUCAUUUGAAUCGACUUGCACGGCAAAGCAGUGAGACGGAGAUGCACGCCCGUAAUCUCUCCAUCGUCUGGGCACCCAACUUACUUCAGAUUCGAGACGAUGGGUCGAGUCCUGUCAACUUGAUGUUGAUCCGUCGCACAGCCCAGGUCAUUGAGUGGCUGAUUGAGCGUGUUGACUGGUUCUUUGGCGAGGAUGGCCUGGAUGCCAUGAAGGGCCCAGAGCCGGAUCCAUGCACCAUCCCAACGCGGCCUGCAAUUCCAGCGCCCGAGCCUGAAUCGGACGAUUCCUGCACGCAGAGCCAGGAAAACUUGUCAAUUGCCACGAUCCCUGGCCAUGUGCAGAAAUCAGGCAAUGCGCUGACAUCGUCACAAUCUGCCUGUAACCUCUCCAUGGCCAGCUCUGAAGACCGGCAUCAAGUACGCCGCAGCAUGUCCGACUGCAGUCACAUUUCCAGUAGCUCCAUGCAGGAGCCGUCACCUCGCACGACAGUCGUCACCAAUCCGCGCAAGGCCAAGCCGAGAGCAAGUACAUUGACCACGCCCAAGUUGGAGCACCACCGUGACCCAAGCCGACGAUCGGGAAGAUUUCGGUCGUUCAUGCACCUGCCCUUCAGGAAACAGAAGAAGGUGGCGGUAGAUAUCAGCCUGCCGACCGAUAUUGUGACCACUGUGGAUGUUCGGUUGCACGUGCGCAUCAACAAGGCAUCGCCUGUGGAGGCUAGCGGUCUGAUUACGCCGCGGGAAACGUCUCGAAUGCUUCACAGCGGGCCCAGUGCCGCAGCUUCGUCACCAGGUGCUGCAAGUGGAUAUGGGACAUUGCCGUACUCCAUUGACGAAACGGGCACCAACGAGGAACUGGAAACCAAUCUUUCAAUGGCCGCCGAAGCAUCUGCGGCUGCUAGUGGUGAUACAGGCAAUGACGAUGUUGCCCAGGACCUGGAGAAGUACGCACACGGGGACACGUCCAGUGACGAAUCCGAGUCAGAAACCGGGCCAUCCUCGUCCGUGUCCACAACCGGGGUAUCGGCAGCAGUGGCAACGCCAAGCGAAGACUCGUCCAUUCCUGAUACCAGUGCGGCGGUCCUUAGACGACGCUCGUCGGUUGUCAGUCCACCUGGUGGGUCGUCAACACCCACUACACCCACACGCUCGCUUAACCUGCAGCGGCUCGGUUCAGACGUGGUGGCACUGGGUCAUCCAGGCAUGAACGUGCGCUACAGUCAGCACAUAUUGCACUGGUCAUUUGAAGACGGCGAGGCCAAAGCAUACCAUCUAUCCGGAGCGCCUGCCGAUGCGGCACCUGACAGCGCAGCAUCAUUGGCGAGCAGUCGGCGGCGCGCACACGGCAGUACAUCGUGCAUGGAACCUGGCUCCUCCACCAGCUUCCCGUUUUCCAGUCGCCAAUCAUCCGGCUCUAUGGUGUUACGGCGAAGACCACCUACCGCAGAUUCUGGUACGCUGCCGGCUUCUACGUCCGUUCCCGACACGCAGCGUCAUCAAAUAAACCAGGAUGACAACGCGGUGGAUGGCGCAGCGGCCUCUGCAGAAGGGGUCAUUCCCAAGUCGGACAGCGGAGACAUGUUAGCUUGUGUCCUAGCCGCAGGUGAUAGCUAUGUGUCGCCAGCACAUGGAUCACAUGGAUCACAAGCCCCUGAGAGUUUAACUAUGCCAGCUUCCAGUGAUGUACCACUACACUCGUCAACGCCUCUGCCUGUUGAUGACAAUGGCGAGCCUGGCUCCAAGAUGACACUUGACAGAGAGCCUAAUGAUAGUGAAGCUGAUGACAAACACCACUCAUCGUCCUGUGCCUCGACUAUGCUUCCUCUGGAAGCUACUUCAGCUGAAGUAUUUCCCAAUGCUGAGUCUACUGUCACUUCACACUUGGAGAUGACGAGUGUGUCCGCUCCUGCUGCACCGCGGGAAGACGUAACGGUCGAGAUGCCUGCCAGCGACAGCCUUGCUGUAGAAGGUAGCGCUGAGGCGCCGGCUACACCAGCUGAUGAUGGCAGUGUGCUCAACGUGAAAGCAAAUAGCGACAGCACCGUGGAGGACCUGAUCAGCAGUGCCACCGAGCAUACGGAUACUGUUGAUAAUGUAGUAGACCAACAUGUUGCCGAAGGUGUAGAACCGUCCGCGUCAGUAGCGGAGACCCCCGAGGCAGUGACCGCUCGUCCUAGUCAGGUUUCAGUGACGGAAGGUGUUGCGGUUGGCGAGGUUACCUCUAGUGAUACGCUGCAGGGUGUGGCCACAGGUGGAGGUGAUCAGGGAGAGGCUGAUGCUGCACCACUUCUGGUGCUGGUGGAGGAUAGUCCUGACUCUAGUGGUCUUCUUGAAGGUGUGACUGUGCCGGAGGGUCACGCUUCAACAGCCACUGAUGGCACUCGUUGCAGUCUGUUGCUUGAUGAUACGGACACUGCUGUGGAGGUAACAGACGGGCAAGAUCUGAUGGGUUUCAGGACACCAUCACCUCUGCCUGUACAAUCGCCUCUGUCCGAUCUGCCCCUAUCGUCACCUCUGUCCGAUCUGCCCCUAUCGUCACCUCUGUCCGAUCUGCCCCUAUCAUCACCUCUGUCCGAUCUGCCCCUGUCAUCACCUCUGUCCGAUCUGCCCCUAUCAUCACCUUCGUCCGGUCUGCCCCUAUCAUCACCUCCGUCCGAUCUGCCUCUAUCGUCACCUCCGUGCGAUUUGCCACUGUCACCUCCGUCCGAUUUGCCACCGUGUCCUCCGUCCCCUGUGCCCUCAUCACCUCUGUCCGAUCUGCCCCCACCAUCCCCGUCCAUAGCUGGCGAUUGUACGCAGGAAGCAGUGCUCCUACCGUCACCAUCUUUGGAUGCGCCGUGUGAUGGUAGUAGUCACAGCGAGCAGGAGCAAGAGCAAGAGGACAAUGUUUCGAAUGGCAGUGAUGAGCCCGCUGCCUUUGUCCAGCCGUCGGCACUGCUUGACCUAGCCAACAGUAGUAGUGACACACUGUCGUCAGCUGGCGAGUCCGUGUCUUCGCGCAGUAGCAGUGUUCUGGAUGAGCAUGUUGCUGGUAGAGAUGUCGCCGUCACCGCUGAUAGUGAUCAGGAGCCGUUGCUAGCAGCCUCAUCCCAACCAAGUGAUUCAGCUGCACUCGAGCAGGUCGCCGAAGUAGCCUCAGACCAACUGCAGUCUGGUGUUGAUGAACUUGCGUCCGUUUCAGAAGGCCAUGAUUCACCCUCACUGCAGUAGCCUACCGCAGGGCCGUCAGUGCCCAUCACCCAUAGUGUCCGUCACUGCACAUACAACAGCCAUGCUUUUUCUUCAGUAACCACACAAUAUCACCAAGUUUCGGCGAGGAAGACGCCGCUUUAUGACGACUGUGCAUCCGUCCGAAUCAUCGGGUAAUUCUGCCAUAUACUCCAUGGUUUUAUGGACACGUGCACACAACAGCCAUGUUCCUUGACGCCACAUAAUUGAGACGGAGAGAGAAAGCUAUUCAGCCAGGUUUAUCUCCAUCAUUGCCCAUCCGCCAUUUUCCAGAGUUAUUUAAUCAGCGCUAUACAACAGCUGCACACGUAACUACAUACGGACAUGCCCGGACCCACCCACACAUGCACACACGCUCGCACUCCUGAUACAGUGCUGUGGUGUUGCUGCUGGUGCUGGUGAUGCUUCUUAGCAGGGAUCCCUAAUGCCGCUAUCCGUCUUCUGCGUAUUGUACAUACUAACUCCUGUAUUUUAUAUUUCUGAUAAUGAGAUCAGUUUGGGUCUUGUAUAUUUUUAUCCCCUGCCUAUGUCUGACCUGUGCAGUGCUUCACAGUCUCACAUUCUCUUAUACAGCUGCAGCAGCGACCUUUUUUUUUCUUUUUUCCAAUGCCCAUUUUUUACCUGUCCAGUGGUUGACCCAUACUUGCUUUCACGGUGCACGCAACUCUCGGAGAAUUUUUAUGAUGCCACAUACCUGUGCGUUUUUGCACCCAGCCGGCGUAUGUGCGUAUGCCCAGUUUGCGUUGAUCUCCUGUCGUCGGUUUCAGCCCGCGGUGUGACCAUGAGUCCGUUCCGUAUUCUCCCCACGUAUCCAUGAUGGUUAUCCAUGAAGCUGUCUUUAUUCAACUCUCCUGACAUGCUGCUGCUGCCACUGCUCUGGUUGCAACAAGCAGACAUAAAACACUAGAAACGUAGUCCCAAACCGUUUUCUGCCGCAGAAAAUCUCUCCCAAUCUGUUUUUUUAUUAUCUUUUACCACCAGUAGCAGCAGCCUUUUUAAUAGCACCCUUUUUAGUCUGGUAGCUUUGGGCGUGUGUUUGCCUUCCUUGCCUUCAGGUAAAUUUUUGGGAUUACUUUUGCUUUGAUCUUGACAUUGUUUGCACUUCUAACACAUCUUGCAGAUGAAGAUGUUGGUUACUAACUGGGUUAUGACCGCACCGGUAUUUUAAUGUUACGAUUGAAUCUACGCCUCUCAACAUAUCA